AUGCGAACCCUACUGGUCAAGUUCGCAGGCCUCGUGCUCUAUAUUCACGAACUACAGUCAAGCACACUUGUACUGACCCACGCGCGUCCCAACAAAGACCCAAGGGUACAUAAAGUAUAUGGAGAAGAUUUCGAGGAUGCCGCAGACGAACUGGGAGCCGAAGCUCUUGGAAAAUUGGAGCCCGGUAUCGAAGCAAGUGUCGAAGGUCUAAGCCUGCGCUUGAUCAAGAACGAUGGAGUGCUCAAUAUUACUUACGAAGGUAAGGAUGGUGAGAUCGUGGAAUGGAAAUUCCAAGGCUUGACAAGUAUGAUGGCGUCUGCGUCUACACAGACAGUAUCUGAGGCCCAAUCGAAGCCAUUCACCAGUACGAUUCAUGCUGUGACUACCGAUCCCACUCCGCAACGCAUGAUCUGGCCUUCCCAAUCAGAACUCAGCGGCAUAUCAACCAUCGAAACUCGACCUAUCGAGACUCCUAUCAAGGAUGAAGAGGAAGUUCCAGCACGCGCAGCAGCUGGGGCAGGAAAAAACGAACUCAAGCGCAAAGCGAGCCAAGAUAUGGAGCGAGCUUUUCCACACAAACGCGCAAAAAGCUCACACGACUCUCCGCCAUGGCCCAACCACUUAUAUAUGACGUGCUUCCGUACCCAACCUAUUUCCAAGAGCGACAUUGGAACGUUGCAUAUUGACCUUGUAGAAGGCACGGCAUGGUUCGAGGGCUGGCAUGGAAAGGAGGACACCCGAGUAUUUGAGAGGAAGCAGAUCAAUAUUCGAUGUCAUUCAACAAGCGUCCAUUACUGUUCUCACAACCUCAACCUACGGACAGACAAAUCGACCCAUUAUCUCAAAAUCGUUAGACUCAAUACGAAGAAUGAAUGGACCUCUGUGUUCACAGCGGACUGUUCUGCCCCCGGAUGGCAGACAUGGGGUUCAGAUACAGACACCAGUCCAGGUCCUAACCCUACUCUCACAGCCAAAGAGUGGAUCAAAGUCAGGGAAGGCGGCAUGAUAAACAACAUCCCCCGAGCCCGUCCCACGUGGACAUCAACGCACAUCUUACCUUCGAAGGUCGUCGAUGCGCUUGUUCACUGCGUCGAUCGAGCGUCACGACGUCAAGCUGUUCAUGACCCAGACGUUGACCACGAGCUAGAGGAACAGUGGGAUCAAUGUGCAUCUCUUGAGGCAACAGGGAGUUUGACUACAAGCGACAUGGAUAAGUGGAGGUUCACGACCGAGGAAUCAGGGAAGAGAAAAGCUCUCAAGAGAACGUUUAGGACAGUGGAGUGA